AUGCGAAGGGUCUUUACUCCCCCCUUCUCGCCUUCAUCGUCUUCGCUGCUGACUUCCCCGCUGCCGCUUCGCCCCUUGGCUUCGUUCUUCCCCUUCCUCGACGAGUGUGCCACAGCACCGUCGACCCAGGGCCUUGGCCAGCAGUGCCACCCCUGGUGGGCCGCCUCCAUCACCCAGCUGGGCCUACCGCCCCACACGCCACCAGCACAAACCGCAGCUGGGCACUACCUUGACGGCUUCUUCAACGACACAGAGUCGAGUUCUGGCUACCACCACUACCUCGCAAGCCAGGACCAUUUCAACGUUGCAGCAGCCGCGCAGCCCCACAGGCCGGAGGCGAUGAUCGCCGCGGCCCCGUUCGCGCUGCCGCUGGCCCAGUGCCUUGCGGAGCCCAUUAGCUGCGGCCCCGAGGUACCCCACCUGCCCCUGCUGCUAGUCGAGCCCGCCAGCGGACCGUCGUCGCCCCUCGACAUGGUGGAGGUCAAGUGCGAGCAGCCGGACGACGAUGCUUAUGACGAUGACGAUGGCGACUAUGACAACGUUGUUAGGGACUUUCUCGACUCCGCGGGGCUUGCGGUCGGGUACGACUGCACGUCGCCGGCGUCGUCGCGGCCCUCCACGCCGGCCCAGCCGCCGCUGCCGUCGUGGCCGCCGCUCGCCGGCCGCCUGGUGACCCUAGCCACCUCCGCCCCGCCCUCGCCCGCCUUUCUUCUUCCGCCGAAGAAGAAGCGAAAGAUCACCCACACGCCACGUCAGCAGCCCGUCGGCCCGCACCUUAACCACAACGACCACCUUAACGGUCACCACAACGGUGGCGGCCAGACCAACAACAACAGCUGCUGCUCUUGCCCAGACUGCUGGUUCUAUCUCUACACGACGAUGCCGGAGAAGAAGAAGCCGAUCUGGGUGGUGUUCUACUGCACCCACGAGCACGACAUGACGACGGCCCGGCUCACGCUCACGAGCACCGACUCGCACGCGUCGGGCGCCGGUGAGGCCGUGGUGGCCGACCUCGCGGCCGACCUCGAUCUGUCGUGGGCCGCCAAGGUGGUCGUGCCCCACCCCGACACCGGCCGCGACACGGCCAUGGUCCAGCACAAGUGGUGCUUCGUCUGCCCCGACGACACCUUCAACAGCCGCGUCUUCUCCGCGCGCCUGGUCGAGCCGAUGGCGACUACGGUGGCGGUGACGACGGUGCUGGGCGGGCUGUCGGUGAUCAGCACGACGAGCCAGCGGCGCACGCGGCGGGCCGGCGUCGAGCGCGUGUGCGGGAGCGAGUUCGAGCGGCGGCUGGUGGCCAACUGCGCGCGCCACCCGCCCAAGCGGCGCCACUUCCUCAACGGGAAGGGCAAGGGCCAGCGGCCGCGCAAGCCAAAGGACGCCACCUACCUGCUCGACGAGCUCAGCAAGGCCGUCCGCCCCUCACAUGAGUAG